CACCGACCCUAGAUACCCCUCACACACCCACAAAAUGUCGCUUUCCAUACCCAACGCCCCCAACGCCGGCCUGUUCAAGCAGGGCUACCAGAACUACGACGCCGAAGAUGGAGCAGUCAUUCGCAACAUCGAUGCCUGCCGGACGAUCGCCCAGACAGUCCAGACUUCCCUUGGGCCCUACGGCCGCAACAAGAUCGUCAUAAACCACCUGCAGAAGAUGAUCCUCACCUCAGAUGCGGCGACGAUACUGCGGGAGCUCGAGGUCGUGCACCCCGCGGCGAAGCUGAUUGUCAUGGCAUGCCAACAACAAGAGGCGGAGAUGGGCGAUGCGACAAACCUGGUUAUCGUUCUGGCUGGCGAGCUGCUGAAGAAAGCCGAGGAGCUGAUACGGAUGGGCCUCAAGACAAGCGACAUCGUGUUGGGCUACGAGAAGGCACUGACUGCGGCGAUGCAGACUCUGGAGGAGCUGGUAUGCGACAAGGUCGAAGAUAUCCGCUCCCAGAAGGAGCUCAGCAAAGCAAUCCGCACCGUCGUUGCAGCCAAGCAGUCUGGCAGUGAAGAUUUCCUCGCUGACCUCGUCGCCGAGGCCGUCCUCGCCGUGCUCCCCAAGAACCCCGUCAACUUCAACGUCGACAACGUCCGGGUUGUCAAGAUCAUGGGUGGCAGCUUGGAGCAGAGCAAGGUCGUCAAGGGCAUGGUCUUCGCAAGACAACCAGAGGGCACUAUCAAGAAGGCCAGCAAGGCCAAGGUCGGAGUCUUCUCGUGUCCAGUGGACAUCUCACAAACCGAGACCAAGGGCACAGUGCUGCUACACAACGCAAAGGAGAUGAUGGACUUCACAAAGGGCGAGGAGCAGCAAGUGGAGCAGCUCGUCAAGGAGCUCCACGACUCUGGCAUGCGCGUUGUUGUUGCUGGAUCAACCAUCGGCGAACUGGCACAACACUACCUCAACCGCUACAACAUCCUCGUCAUCAAGGUCCUCUCCAAGUUCGAACUCCGCCGGUUAUGCCGCGUCGUCGGCGCCACACCGCUUGCUCGUCUCGGAGCGCCCAUGCCCGACGAGAUGGGUACCAUUGAUAUUGUGGAGACCAUGGAGAUUGGCGGCGACCGUGUCACAGUAUUCAGGCAAGAAAACGAGCAGACACGAACAGCAACCCUCGUUCUCCGGGGCGCUACUCAGAACCACCUCGACGACGUAGAGCGAGCGAUCGACGAUGGCGUCAAUGUUGUCAAGGCCAUCACCCGCGAUGCACGAUUAGUACCCGGAGCCGGCGCCACCGAGAUGCAGCUCAUUGAACGGAUCAAGGCCAUCGCAGACCGCACAUCCGGCCUCGCCCAGUACUCGAUCCGCAAAUUCGCCGAAGCCUUCGAGGUCAUUCCACGAACGCUCGCCGAGUCCGCCGGUCUCGACGCUACGGAGGUGCUUGCACGACUAUACGUUGCGCACGCCGCACAGAAGGGCCGAAAGGACGACGAGUGGACUGUCGGUGUUGAUAUCGAGAACGAAGACGGUACGGGCACUCUCGACGCCAAGGAGGAGGGUAUUCUCGACCUCUGGGUCAGCAAGAGCUGGGCCAUCAAGCUGGCCACCGAGGCUGCGAGGACCGUCUUGAGCGUUGACCAGAUCAUCGUAGCGAGACAGGCGGGCGGCCCAAAGAUGCCUGGGAAGGCGCAGCAGGGCAACUGGGACAACGAUGACUAGAUGACUUGGCUUGGAUGUACAUGACACGAAACUGCUUGACUGGAGGUCAAUGUAUGUAAUGAUAUCAACGUCCUCGAAAUGAAUGACUCUAAAGCACACUUGUUGCUGCUACACAUCUAGUGGGUAGGCAUUUAACCUCAUCAUUGUAGUGUGGUCAUCAGUGUAGUGUGAUCUGCCAUGUAGUCAGUC